UCUAUCUACACACACACAGAAGGUCAGCAUUUUGCAGAGAGACUGGUAUGAUUCAAGCAGGCAUUAGCUACAGUAACGUGUGGGGUGACCACAAUCGGUUGCUGGAACAGUGUGAUGUACCUUGGGUUAUGUCUGAAACUAUCACAGAAGUAGAACCAGAACUUGGACAACCGCCAAAGAUAGAGGAUGGCGAGGUGGAUGACCCAGAGCUGAAGGCCAUUAAGAUGAGAGUACGAGAAAUGGAGGAGGAGACCGAGCGUCUUAAGGGACUCUCUGUAAAGGAGAAGUCCGUGCCACCUAGCCCCCGGACUGGCAUACCCCCUAUACCUUUGAGUGCGGAAGAGAAGAAGGAGGCUGACCAACGAUCUGUCUAUGUUGGGAAUGUUGACUAUGGAAGUACUGCCAAAGAUUUGGAGUCCCAUUUCAGUAGCUGUGGCUCAAUUAACAGAAUCACUAUCCUGUGCGACAAAUUCUCCGGACACCCCAAAGGCUAUGCCUAUGUUGAGUUUGCUUCAAAAAGCUCUGUGGAAGCGGCUAUAGCAUUGGAUGAGACAGUGUUCCGUGAAAGAACUAUCAAGGUACUGGCAAAAAGAACAAACCUGCCUGGGAUCAGCAGCACGGACAGAGGAGGAUUCAGAGGCAGACCCCGGGGUCAGAGAGGGAAUUGCCAAAGAGGACAGCGGGGCCGAGGCAGACCCUAUAGCUCACCUACCAAUGUCAGGGCAAACCACGUAAACGGGAAGCACAUGGCAGUGGUUGACAGUGAUCUAACAGAUGUUCAGAUCGUGGAAGGAGAGACCAAUUGAAUAACAUAAUGGCACCAACCACCAUCGAGGACCGGUGUCU